UACCACAAAUCGCACUCUUAGGUCCAUAACAUGGUGGUCCCAGACAAAAUGUGACAAGAGUCGACAGGAAACGGAUGAUCUUAUAUAAAAGGCCUAUCUCAACGUCUUGAAAUCAAACAAGCCACUUCGAAGUACAAGCCUGAUACGGUGCUUUCUCAACAUGGCCUAUCCUUCAACCUAUUCUGCCUGGCGCCGUAGCGGCCUCAAAGGCUCUAAAGAGAGCCCUUUAACCAUCAGCCGUUCUGACAAUGAGGAACUUCCCUCGACUCUCGGCCCCAACGAUGUCAUCAUCAGAAUCCACGCCGUCUCCCUCAAUUACCGCGAAAUUGCCAUGCUAAACGGCACUUACCCUGUAGAUAUCCAGGAUAAAGGAAUACCCUGCUCAGAUGCCGCAGCUGAGGUGGUCGCCACUGGAUCCGCGGUGUCGCGGUUUUCCUUUGGAGACCGCGUUUCCCCAAACACCAGUAUAGGGAAGACAUAUGAGGGCGGGAAUGAUGGACAUGGUGUUGGAGUGGGGACGAAUUCACCGGGUGUGCUGAGAGAGUAUGCGGUGUUCAAUGAAGAGCAUUUGGUUAAGCUGCCAAAGCAUAUGUCUUGGGAAGAGGCCUCCACGCUCGCCUGUGCAGGCGUCACGGCGUGGAAUUCGCUCAAUGGACUCAGAAAUGUUCCGCAAGGCGCAUACGCCCUGCUUCAAGGUACCGGCGGCGUCAGCAUGUUCUCGCUGAUUUUGUGCUUGUCUGCUGGAAUCCGGCCAAUUAUUACCUCCUCGUCGGAUGAGAAAAUCGCUGCGAUCAAAAAACUUAGUCCGGAGAUCCAAGGUCUGAACUACAAGUCUGUCGCUGAUCAAGGAGCCGAGAUCAAGCGCCUCACGAAUGGAAGGGGUGUCCACUUUGUUGUCAACAAUACUGGACCUGCAUCUCUAAUGGAAGAUAUCAGCUUCUUGUGCGAGAGGGGUGGUACAGUAUCGCUGGUCGGCUUCUUGGCUGGCUUCGAUGCUGAUUGGGCGCCCGGUCGGAUUAUGGCUUUGAUGCAUAAGAUGGCGACGCUGAAGGGUAUUGCCAUGGGUACCCGAGACGACUUUGAGGAGAUGAACCGCUAUCUGGAAGAGAAAAAGGUCCAUGUCGACUCGUUGUUAAACGAUGAGCCAUUCGCUUUCGCAAACGCGAAGAAUGCCUAUGAGCACCUAGAGUCUGGGAACUUCCAUGGAAAGGUCAUUAUCAGAAUAUGAAAGAUAAAGUACUUAAUGGUAUAUUACAC